AUGUCGACGGCAAAGCCAAUAGGCCCUUUACGAAAAGCUUGGUAUCAGUGGAAAGCCAUCCGGUUCCCGUGGAGGAAACGCUAUCUCGUCGGCCUCGACCUCCAAGGCAACACGUACUGGGAAUUCCGGCUGCACCGCGGGGACCCGUCGACGCCGGACUCGCGCUUCCGGCGCAUAGUCCAGUACCCGCGGUCGACGCACCUCAGCGAGAUCAAGGUGUCGCCGCAGUGGCACCAGUGGCUGCGGUACCAGCGCCGGGAGGCCCCGACCCUCGACGAGCAGGCCCAGGACCUGGUCCGCGUCGAGCAGAUGAAGGUCCUGGCCGCCCAGGCCGACGCCCGCUGGGAGGCCAAGCCCAGCUACCUAGACGCUCCCGGUAAGGAGAAGGGGCAGCCGGUGCCUCCGUUCGACACCGGCCGGAACCAGCCGCAGGAGCAGGCUGCCCGGGAGCAGUCGGCGGCGGCGGCGAAGAACGGGCGCGAUAGUAGUAGUAAAGCGGCGCAGCAGCAGAAGGACGACCCCUGGAAACGAGCGGCGCGGAGCACUGGCCCCGGCGAGACCUGGCAACCGGAGGCGUGGACUCCGACGUCGACGAGGAAACGGUGA